ACUUCUUUGCUAAGACCAUGGUUGUGGGAAUUCAACAUUUUCCUAUGGCAACUUCUAAGCUUAUCAGUGUUGCUUUCUUUUUGUUAUUGGGUUUAGGCAUUUGUGUUGCUGCCAGAUCACUCCUUCAUCUCGAGGGAGGUCCACACUUCGGUGAUGAUGUUGCGCAUCAUGGCAGUCUGUUAGUCGGAGGUUAUGGUGGUGGCGGUGGAGGUUCUGGUGGAGGUGGGGGAUAUGGAGGCGUUGAAGUGCACGGUGCAGGUGGCUAUGGAGGAGGAGCUGGAGGAGGUGAAGGUGGUGGUGCAGGAUAUGGACCUGGAGGAGGAGGUGGCGGUAGUGGAGGAGGAGGUGGAGGAGGAGGAGGUGGCGGUGCUGGAGCUGGUGGAUAUGGAGGAGGUUCUGGUAAAGGAGGCGGUGAAGGCUAUGGAGGAGGAGGAGCUCCAGGGGGAGGGUAUGGAGGAGGCGGUGGCGGCGGCAGUGGUGGAGGAGGUGGCGGCGGUGCUGCCGGUGGUGCUGGUGGCGGUUAUGGAGGCGGGGAAGGACGUGGAGCUGGUGGGGGAUAUGGAGGAGAACAUGGAGGAGGAUAUGGAGGAGGGGGAGGAAGUGGAGGUGGCGGAGGAGGUGGUGAGGCUGGUGGAGCUCAUGGAGGUGGGUAUGGCAGUGGAGGAGGAUCGGGUGGAGGAUAUGGCGGAGGAGCUGCUGGGGGCGGUGGAGGCGGAUCUGGAGGAGGAGGCGGCGGCGGCUAUGGUGGUGGAGGUGCUCAUGGAGGCGGAUAUGGAGCAGGUGGCGGAAGUGGCGAAGGAAGUGGCCACGGUGGAUAUCAUCCCUGAGGUUGGAUUACAGCAGCUCCUCUUACUCACAUAAUAAGAAAAGUUACUUUGUACCGUGAAAAUUUAUAAUAAGAAAAAUUAUGCGUAUGAGGAUGCUUAUAAAGUAAUGAGUGUUGUUGUGUAUGCUUCGCUUUCGUGUAAUAUGUAUGUCAAAAACAGGCUGCCCAAAUAUUAACUGAUGGCUACGUGCAUCACCAGUUUCAGUAAUUGUACUCUGGAACAAAGACAAAUGACAGAAUAAUGGAAUUUCACUUC